CUUUUCUCCUCCCUCUUCCGUAUCUUCGUACCCCGAAGCGGGACUACAAUUACCAGGUUUCGUAAGGAAUUUGCAGUAAUUCAGAUUAGUGUAUUUAUUUUUAUUUCUCGACUUUGGCAACGUCCAUAGCAAUUUUCUGCGGCGAAGAUCAUUUGGACGCGGGUUAAAAUGCGAAGUAUAGACGUUAUAUCCCCCAUUUCCUGUGUUGUAGCAUUUCCUGGUACGGGGAUGAGCAGCUCAGCUGUUUUUUAAGGAGAGCAACCAGGCAUUGAAUUAGCUAGUUAUCAAUACCAGCAGAAGGGAAGGAAAUACUCAAAGAAGACUAUAUAUACAGACUGUUCAAAUGUCACAUUGAAUGGAAGUACUGGAUUAAGAUGUGUCCAAUUACAACAUUUGCUGCCAGCAACUGUCCAAACUGGAGCUGGAUUUUUUAGCUAGCUAGCUAGUUAGCUAGCCACAUAACUAGCUAAUCAUUGCAGCGGUUUUUUGCUAACGUUACCUUUGCUGGCUAGAUGACAUGCAUCUGCUGUUUUAUUUAUUAAGGCACAAUGGAUGCAGAUGAUUCAGUGUGCUUUUAAACUUAAAGGAAAGGAAAUAUAGCUGCAAUCACGUAGAAUCGCUGCUAGCUAGUCGAGUGACUUAUUCAUUGGUGAGCUAGCCAUCUUGCUAAAUGUGUUAGCUUGCUAGCUGGGUAAUCAUCACCAUCAGACAAUCGAAGCAGCUGCGGCUUUAACCGGGUUAGAUGUUUAUAUUAUUUUUAUAUUUUCUUAUUGAUUUUUGCUUUAGAUGUAACAGCCAGUUGGUCAACUUGCUUGCUAACUGUCUUCGUGGAUCUGAGGGGUCUGAUCAAUUUAACCUUGGUUUUGAUUUGGUUUGCUGGUGACAGGUAUCAUUAUAAAGGGAUAGGACUGACAGUGUGGUAUUGACCUCUGUUUUAUGAACUGGUACUAUACAGUGUUUCUUUGUUACUUUAUUUUACUUGUUGUAAUACAAAGCGUUACUCCAUUGGUAGGCAUUACUACCUAGCGUUACAUAGCCUGUCUCUGUGGCAUCGCUAGCUGGAACGCUAACGUUGUGUUAUUUUGACCACAAACGCUUCUGAAGCUGGCGGCUGCGAGCGAUAACCCAAUUGUCGGCAACUUAUUUUCUUGAUAAUUGAGGUUAUUUCCCACAUUAACGAAAGAAUGAAGAAGUUUUUUGAUUCUCGACGCGAGCUGGUCAGCUCUGGGCCUGGUUCUGGAGCUGGCGGUGGAGGCAGUGGGUCCAGUAGCGGUGGCAGUUUCAUUGGACGGGUUUUCACAAUCGGGAGGUACCAGGUCACCGUGGACGAGACUCUCGCUGAAGGAGGCUUUGCCAUCGUGUUCCUGGUGCGGACUCACCAGGGCGUGCGCUGCGCCCUGAAGAGGAUGUACGUCAACAACGAGCACGACCUGCAGGUGUGCAAGCGGGAGAUCCAGAUCAUGAGGGACCUGGUGGGCCACAAAAACAUUGUGGGCUUCCUGGACUCCAGCAUCACGGCGGUGGGAGCGGGAGACGUGUGGGAAGUGCUCAUCCUCAUGGACUUCUGCCGCGGCGGGCAGGUGGUGAAUCUGAUGAACCAGCGGCUGCAGACGGGCUUCACGGAGGCCGAGGUGCUGCAGAUCUUCUGUGACACCUGCGAGGCGGUGGCCCGGCUCCACCAGUGCAAGACCCCCAUCGUCCACCGCGACCUCAAAGUGGAGAACAUCCUGCUCCAUGACCGAGGCCACUAUGUGCUGUGCGAUUUUGGCAGCGCCACCAACAAGUUCCAGAACCCGCAGAGUGAGGGUGUGCCGGUGGUGGAUGAGGAGAUAAAGAAAUACACCACCCUGUCAUACCGAGCCCCUGAGAUGGUCAACCUCUACAGCGGCAAAGUCAUCACCACCAAGGCUGACAUCUGGGCCAUGGGCUGCUUGCUGUAUAAGCUGUGCUACUUCACUUUGCCCUUCGGAGAGAGCCAGGUGGCCAUCUGUGACGGCAGCUUCACCAUUCCAGACAACUCCCGCUACUCACAGGACAUGCACUGCCUCAUCCGUUACAUGCUUGAGCCGGACCCUGAUAAGAGACCAGAUAUCUACCAGGUGUCCUACUUCUCCUUCAAACUGGCCCGGCGGGAUUGCCCUGUUCAGAACGUUCAUAAUUCCCCUAUUCCUGCAAAGCUCCCUGAGCCAAUCAGAGCCAGUGAAGCUGUGGCUAAGAAGAGCCAGACCAAAGCCAGACUAACAGACCCCAUUCCCACCACCGAAACGUCCAUCGCCCCGCGCCAGCGCCCCAAAGCGGGCCAGUCCCAGCCCAUCGCCGGCAUCCUGCCCAUUCAGCCCGCCCUCACCCCACGCAAGAGGGCCAACAUGGCCCCCGGGGCCGCUCAGCCAAUCGGCGUGAACUUAGGCGCUGCCCAGCCAGCUGCCAACAUCCAAUCACAGAAGGCGCAAGCUCCGCAGACUCCCGCUUCCCAGCAGCAGGCCACGCCCAGUCAGCCCCAGACUCCUGCCCAAGCCCCUCCCCCCCAGUCCCAAGCCACGCCUCAGCACCAGCAGCUCUUCAUGAAGCAGCAAGCGGGAGCGUUCUUCAAUCCUCAGCAGCAGCAUUACCAGGCCAUGCAGCUAGCAGCACUGCAGCAGCAGCAGCAGAUGAUGCAGAACGUCUACAUACAGCAGCAGCCCUUCGCGCUCCCUCAGACCGCCGCAGGCGUGGCCGCGCAGCCAAUGCCGCAGCAGCUGGCCGUCCUCGCGGCGGCUGGCCCCGCCCCCGAAAGAUCUGGGGCCGGACCCUCCCAGCAGCAGCAGCCUAGCCCAACCCUGCCCAGAGCAUCAGGCUCCGCCCCACAGCCCUCGUCAGGCCAGCCUGCGGCUGCUGCACCUGCGUCUGAGCGGACGCCCAUCGCUCCGGCCCGCGGGAUCCACAAGGUGGGCUCGCUGACGCCCCCGUCCUCCCCGAAGGCCGCUCCGCGGGGGGGCCACCGCCGCAUCCUGAGCGACGUGACGCACAGCGCCGUGUUCGGGGUGCCCGUCAGCAAGUCCACGCAGCUGCUGCAGGCGGCCGCCGCCGAGGCCAGCCUCAACAAGUCCAAGUCAGCUAGCACCACUCCCUCUGGCUCCCCGUGCUCCUCCCAGCAAAGCGUGUACCAACCGGGCGACUCUGCUGCUGCCGCCGCCGCCGCCGCCGCCGCCUCCUCCCCAUCCACUGCCUCCGCCUCCCCCGCUGCCUCCACCACCCCUGCAGCUGCCUCCGGCCUGCGCAGCCCCCAGGACCAGCCCACCUGGAACCCCUUCGGCAACGACAAUUUCUCCAAGCUCACCGCCGAGGAGCUCCUCAACAAGGACUUUGCCAAGCUGGCCGACAGCAAGGCCGCGGAGAGAGCGAGCGGCUCCACGGAGAACCUCAUUCCGGGCCUGCAGCCGGCCCCCGCCGCCCUGGCCCCCGGCAAGACGUUCCCCCAGCCCCCCGCUGAGAGACCUGCUGACAUCCUGAGUCUGGAUUCGGGGGCAGCGCUGCUGAAUGUCCCGGACCCCUUCAACGCCCUGUCCCUCUCAGACACCCCAGAGAAGCUGAUCGAGGGGCUGAAGUCCCCAGAGACCUCUCUGCUGCUCCCUGACCUCUUACCCCUGGCUGACCCCUUCGGUAGCUCCGCGGAGGGCUCCAGCAACGCUGCAGGUAACGCGGAGAUGGCUGUGGAUUCCCUGAUCCCGGGGCUGGAGGCCCCCCAGGCCCAGCGUCACAUGGCCCCGCCCGACGUGGUCUCAUCCGUCGUGCCAGACCCUAUGGCUGGGGAGGACUCUCUGCUGGGCUGCUCCCUGCUCUCUCACCCCUCCACCCCCGGGCCCCCUCCCGCCUCUACACCCCCCUCCUCUUCCUCUGCCGCUGCCCCUCCCGGCUCCGCCUCCUGUCUGGACGAAUUUGCCCCUGUCUCGCUCGGCGCCACCCAGCAGCUACCGGACUCUGCUUACCUCAUCUCGGGCUUUGAGAGGCCCGAGAGCGCGGAGAAGGGCACUGAGGACGAGUUUGACCCCAUCCCCGUGCUCAUCUCCAAAAACUCCAACCAAGGUGGUCACUCGCGCAACAACAGUGGCAGUUCAGAGUCCAGCAUCCCCAACCUGGCCCGCUCUCUCCUGCUGGUGGAUCAGCUCAUCGACCUGUAGCAGGGUGGGGGAGGAGAGGGGGGCAACUCUCAACUUAUAGAGACGGGAGUAAAGGGGAGGAAAGGCAAAUUUGAACCAGAAGAGCAGUUGGCAUUCGUUUGCCCCUCUCCCCUCCGCCCCACCCUGUAAUCCGCUAACCACAAACGCUGGCUCCAAAUUUCCAGCUUGGCCAACGUCACUCCUUUCUCCCCCUCGACCAUAUUCAUAUUCCAUCUGUCAUUCCUCUCCAUCCUGCUUCAGUGUCUCUCCACCCCGCUCCCCUCCAUCUUUGUUCUUCCUGCCCUUUUUCCAUUUUCAGCAGUCAUUCCCCCCUGUUCCCUCCACGGCCUGCCACGCUUGUGUUCGUUCGCACCCUGUAUGUGGUACGCGCCCUGGUCUGCCCGGCCUUCCUGUAGCACCGGCAGCUCUUCCGUACUCCUCGCGCAGCGUGAGCUAUGCUCCAGUUCCGCGCAAACUUCCGUUAAUCGUGGGUUCUUUAUUCCCCCCAGAUUUCCCAGUGAACUUUAACAUUUUCAGAGAAGCACAGGGCUUCACUUCUUUUCUGGUUUUAGUUCCGGUGAAGCGCGCACUUCAUCUGUUGUCCUGAAGCGGCUGUGCCUGUAUGCAGAUCAUAGAGCCGAGCGGUAGCGCUGUAGAUGCUCCUCAGUCUCAGUGUCUCUGGCUUGUGCAUGGAUCCAGCGGAGACAUCUUACCUAGUACUGCUUUGCACUUUACCGGCCGAGGUUGACUAGCGAUGUCUGAUGCCAUGGCUGUGGAGUCUGUCUGUUUGGCCGCAGUGUGGAGUCUGGCAUCCCUCACUUCCUUGCACAUAUCCCUGCCUCUCCAAGGCUCCUAGUAAAUACGGACUGAGCAGCAAUCUAUGCGCAGGCCCCGUUGCACGUUUUAUAGUAGCAGCUGCAACCCCCUUACUGCCUUUUGAAAUGCUAACAACGUUGAGUAGUUCUAUUGUGAGUCCCGCUCUCCCGGUACUGCGCGAAUCGUCUGUUGCACGUGCAAAUUUGUGAACUACGUAUCCCACAAUCCCCUGCACACAAUCCUACAUUUCCUAAGCUCCCACAACACGCCCUUGCUGUGCUUUCUUGUUCACGUCAUGCCUGGUAUAAAUUGUGCAGCAACAGGACUACGGAAGAGGAAUAAAAACAAGACGUGACUGUGUGCAUUUAAGGGCGGACUUUUAAGCUGUUCAUUUGCGUUAGGUGUGGACAAGGAGAACUUGCUGUAAGUACGUAGCACUCCUGUUAGUUUCAGGGUUCAUUGGUUGGCUGUGUUCUGUGGUCACAGACAUCUAAAUGAGACUAAAGCUCUGUCCUGACGGCACUUUGUAAGCUUCAGCAGUUAAGACGUUAGGAUACAGAGGCUUGGCUUUAGCUGAAGCGUGAAGACAGUGUCGAACUCCCUUCCUUCUUUCCUGAGUUUAUCGGCAUGUUAGUUAUUUUUGUAUGUGGCAUAAGGGUAAAACUUCUGUGAUACAUACAUACAUACAUACAUAAAAUCAUUGAUAGUUAAACAUAUAAUGCUAACGAUUAGCAGCAUAUAGUGCAGCAUGUUUAGGUAGGAGCUUUUCCUCAAAAGCACAUAUGUUGUGGUGAAGGCCUUAUGCCUGACCUGAAGUCAUCUCAACACUGGAGUGGACUCACUGUAACUACGUGUGCAUCUGACCAUACUCUGGUAUUAAGGAUUAGAGCUUCACGCAUUGAGAAAGGAAUAGUUUUUACUAUCCACUUGCCUCAUACUGUAGCUAUGUGGACUGGGACAGAGCUUUAGGUGUCAGAAUUUAUUAUUUAAUUUUUUUUUUUUUGCUGUGGGAGCACUUUUUGAGGCAUUCACUUUGUUUCCUGUUUCAUUCUGACUUGAAGUUCUGAAGUACACCUUUACCCAUACCAUCGUCAUCCUCGCCCCUUCAUACCUCCUGUACAGAAUCCAUCUAUUGUUGUUUGUUUGGCCCCCGAAUGAUGUAUAUUGUUAAACUGCUAUUGGAACUGAUUUCGGCCUCUCCGUGUCAAUACGUGCUAUAUCGCCUGUGUAUAAAGCCACUGUUCAAAUGUCCUUUUUCCCCUUUUCAAAUAAAUAGUAUAAGUACAUAAAGUGUUAAAAAAUAUUUAAAAGAUAUGUCAAAUAUCAUGGUAAGAGUCAAUGUGGCUAUAGAUAGAGUGCUAUAGAAUGAAUGUAUGAAGUGACCAUCAAUAUAUAAAUAUAUAAUAUUCUUACGAUUAUAUAUCAUAGUUUAAAGAUAAAUUCUUUAUUUCUGUGUCUUCUUUAUGAAGCUGUAUUUGCAAGUGUAAAGAUCUAGUGUCCCUCUUUCUGGUUCAAAGUGUCUUUUUGUCUUUUCCCCAUCGCUGUGUUUUGUGGAAGGAAAACGUUCGCUCCUCAUUGUUUGCGCUGCACAUGUAGAAAAAUGGUCACGAGAUUGCUUUUUUCUUUUCUCGAUACUCUUUAUAUUUCUUUUUUUUUUUUUUUUUUAAAUCCUGCCUCCUCCUCGUUGUUGGGCUGAGUUCUGAUUACCUUUCACCUGGGAUUUCCCUGUCAGCAGGGUGUAGUUAGGUAAGGGGCGUUUUCUUUCAGAGACCCUUUCCAUUCAUUAGAAUUGGAAUGGAAUUUGCUAAUCAAAUACAGCUCUCUGAUUGGAGCACUGUGCUAGUACUCAGGUCUGCAGAGCCUCUGUAACUCCGCCCAUUCACACGUCUCCUUUAUAAACGUGAAUCCCCAGCUAUGUGUGUUUCCAGAUCACAUAGCUGGCUAAUUGAAAUCAAACUAUUGGCAUGUUUUAAAGGCUUAAGAAUAGGGAGGGGUUGUGCUGCUGUAACAGAUGCAGUGCCUGCACACUGAGAGCCAGAAUGCUUUUAAAAACCUAUGAAUGGACAAAACGGCCCUUUAAGACAACAUGCCUGCCAGGCCAGGAUUCCUCCACUGGGUGGCAGUGGCGAGCAGAGGCGGUCUUUAACACUGAUUCUAUGAAACUGUAGCUGAUGGAUCGUGAGACGGCCCCCUCCCUCUGCCACGUGUUCCCUCUCGGUUUUCGGGAGCCCUAGUGUCCCAGCUGAAAUAACCAGAACCAGGCCCUGGCGCGAUCUAGCCCCCCACGCUUGGUGAUCCUGCUUUUAAUCCCAGUUCAGUUCCACGUGUUCACACUACUUCUGUCUGUCAGAGGGCAAAAAAAAAAACAACUCCAAAAAACACGGAACAGGCUCAUUGUCCCACUGUUUUUGCAUUACGGAUUGGAAUGAUGACAGAAACUUAAGUUAAGCUACUCCAUUUGAUUUUUAGCCUCAUUACCAUAUCCACACUGUAACCUCUGGCUGCAGAGAAGAUGGGUGAAGCACCCCGAGUUGACUUAAAUCUUUGUUUCUGGUCUGCUUCAGAGGGAACUGCGUUGAUUAAUGAGCUUGUCUAGCCCCGGUGGUCCGUCCCAUGUGCACGUAUACGUACCCUGGUUGCUUUUUCUUGUUGUUUUUACAGUAUAGCUGCAGCUCCAGUAUCUGUAAUACCUGUGAGAAUAACGUGGGGUUCUCAGAGCCCCCUGCGGCUAACCACAGCUAUUCCCACCCAUCCCGCUAGUCCCUAUCCAGGGAAGGAUUUACAGUAUGGCCCCAGUCACUCACGGGCCAAGCCAUGAAGUCCUGCCUGCUGAAGGAGACCAGCUGUUAAUGCUUACAGUAUGUCGUCAUCGCUCAUUGUUUCGGGUCAGAGGUGCUUUCUCCAAAACUGACUGGUAUCGCCUUAGCAUUGCCAAUAUGACUGAAAGAGGGAUAGCAUCUUAAAUGGGGAAAAAUUAAGUGUCGGUGAAUGGGGGUGGAAGGUUGUUAUAUGAACCAUAUGGUAUGCAGGGCUGGCUGGGACCAUUUACAGUACAGUUACGCAAACACAGCAGUAAAUGUGAGAAAUCCCCAGUGGGAACGCAGUGCUUCUACAGAGCUGCACGCAUCACAAACUGCUGCUCAUCAGCAGUACACACUGUGCUGAUGGGAGCCAGAGAUAAUUUACACUCUUUAAAGUAUUGAGAUGCAUGGGUGGGUGGAUGGACAAAUAAAUGAGAGCUUUAAAGCUGAAGGCUCAAGGUGCAUAUUGGACAUUAAGACCUUUUUGUGUUGUUUUCUGUCAAUCCCAGUAUGAAUUGGACCUUUCCCUGCUUUAGGUUUGUAUGUAAAAUAUGAAAUUGAUGUUCUUAAGUAGAGUGAUGUACACACACAGAAAUUUGGAAAUUGUACAGUAAGCAGGGUCUUGAGUUUUUGUCAGUUUUGUCUUCUGGAGUCGAUGCAGGCACAUUCUUCUCGGUUAAAGGGGGAUGUUUGCAGUGUGGUGGGAGGAGUUUAUUCCCUUUUCCUGUUCUGUCUCCUCCCCUUCCUUUGAACACAGGGCUCAUGAAGGAAGUCUUUUCCUGACGUCUCUGUUUUCCUCUAUCCGGAAACCCCCCUACCCCUCUGAACGCGUAACACAGGUUUCUGAGAUGUAUUCCUGGGCUAAAGCUUUUGAUCUGAGUCUGAGAUCAUAUAUCAGGAGGGCUUCUGUGUGGCUGUUUCAGAAUGAGGUCUCAGCUGUAUCUGCGGCAACCAAAACUUAGACACUUUAUCAGAGCAGACUUAAUGUCUGCAAGCACAUUAUACUCCAUGUAUGUGGAGCGUGCCGAGGCCAUUUUACUAACCCAUCUGCAGAAUUUGGCUAUUUAUAAUUGCAUAUGUAAAAUUAAUGUUUUCAUCUGGCUCCAAAAUGUGAUUUUCAUGUGACUGCUCCCUAUGAACACUGACACAUUGGCAUAUCCACGCGUAUGAAUCCCUAAAAUUCAUACAAGCAAGUUAAACCUUGCAUGUUAAAUAUCUGUUGAAGAACUCCAUAUCGCUUCUUUGGAAAUAUGACCCAAUAUACAAUGAGCAUUUGCUAGAAAACACACUUAACCUAAUUUCAGGAAUUAUCUUCAGUAAUUAGUCAGAAGGCAGAUGUUCUGGACAGUAGUGGUGCUUAUUGAGUUAAUGCCAGGCUUGUGUAGAUGGAUCAUCCCUCAUCCUCUGUCUGACUCCAAGCUCUUUCUUCUCUCUCCCCAUUCUUCCUGUUGUACAGUCGAGUCCUUAGCAUUUCCGUGUGGCAAACCUAUGCAAUCCCAGUGCUUAAUCUCGCUCUUAGACACCACAGUGCUGUAUUCAUUAGAGGUCUAGCCUUGCCAGUAGAGUUUUACUUGUGUUGCUGUGAAAAAAACUAAUGUACCCAGUGUGUUUUGAAAAAAAAGAAAUAUAUAUAUAUAUAUAAAUGGAAAAAAAAUGUAUGGUUAUGAUGAAGCUCAAUCUAAUCAUAUGAAAAUCUGGACAGGAAAAUAUCUGCAGCAAACGCUCAUUCCUCUGUUGGAGCAAUGAUGUAUAAUUCAAUGUGUACCUUCUAUUUUUAUGAAAUGAGAAAAAAAGAAAAAAGAAAGGGGGGCGUUAAAUAAACAUGUAAAUGUGAAUGUAACAA